GGGAGGGUCCCGGCUGGACCCAGGCUGGGCAUGCUCCCCGCACAGCCCCGGCCGGGGGCCUGGGGGAGCUGGGAAGGGGCAGAUGGGUAGCAGGCUGUGUGCCGGUGGGAGUGCCACGGACAGGGCAGUGCCCCCCUCGCCCCCCAGCCAGGUCAGGACCCCCUCCCAGCAGCCAGAUUAGCAGAAACCUGCGAAUUGUUUGCUUGCUAGCCCCCUCCUCCUGGUGCCAGCAGCCUGUCUCCAGCCGGGCCAGGCUCUGAUCAGCAUGAUAAAGCCCUGAGUGGAUGGAUGGAGGGGGCCAGUCGGUGGGGACAGGCUUCCCCACACCUGGAAGAUCCCCACUGGAUGGGUCGGGGCUGACCUUCACCUUCAGAGGCCCUGGGCACCGGCUCCCUGCCCAUGGCCAGCCUGGACCAGAGCAGCCCGGAGGAGGGCACCAGCCUGUGCCCGGCGGAGGAAGCCCAGGAGCUGGCAGGGGAUGGGGCCAGGCAGAGCCCGGGCCAGGCUGGCGGCAGGAGGGGGGGCAAGAGGAAGAAGAAGUACAGCCGCCACGCCAAGCCGCCCUACACCUACCUGGCCAUGAUCGCCCUGGUCAUCCAGGCCGCACCCGGCCGCCGCCUCAAGCUGGCCCAGAUCAUCAAGGAGAUCGGCGCCCUCUUCCCCUUCUUCAAGGAGGGCUACCAGGGCUGGAAGGACUCCAUCCGCCACAACCUCUCCUCCAACCCCUGCUUCACCAAGCUGCUGAAGGACCCGGCGAAGCCCAAGGCCAAGGGCAACUUCUGGACUGUGGACGUGAGCCGCAUCCCCCCGGAUGCCCUCAAGCUGCAGAAUACGGCCCUGUCACGGCAGGACGCAGCCGCCUUCGCCCACGACCUGGGCCCCUACGUGCUGCAGGGCCGGCCUUACCCCGGCUCGGCGGCCCCCGGGCACCCACCCACCGCCGGCCCCGUGCCCGGCAGCUCCUUCACCAUCGACUCCCUGCUCCGCGACUUCCAGGACGUCGGCCUGUGCGGCAGAGCCCGGGCGGGCGAGAGCCACGCGCUGCCCGUGCCCAGUGCCAUGGUCCCGCAGGGCCCGGACCGCUGGGGCCCCGUCUUCCACGUCUCCGGACACCCGCCGCGGCCCUGGAGACCCCCUCGUGGGCCGGGCACACCGCGCUCCCCCUCGUCGUCUUCCUCCAGCCUCAGCUCCACGUCCUCGGAGGAGCCGGACCCGGGCAGGCGACGGCCCCGUGGCCCCCGGCCCCCGGCCAAGCGCCCGCGGCUUCACGCCCGCGGCGUCUCCAGCUCCGACUCGGAGGGCUCCGCGAGUGGCACCCCCGCGCCCUCACCCCCGCCGGCGAGCUGGGGGCAGCUGCCCACGUCCUACAGCCAGGGUGUGGCCCCCAAUGCUGUGGCCCCCCCCAGCGGGCCCCCCUUCCUGGCCGUGCCCUGCUACGGCUGCCGGCCGGGCGGCUACGUUGGCCCCAUGUGCUGGGGGCUGGUGCCGGGGCCUGGUGGCAGGCUGGAGGCCCCCCCUGAGCAGAACCCCCCGCCCUCCGGGCCCCCCAUGGACCUGGACCAUGCAGAGCAGGGCAUGCCCCCCAACAAGAGCAUCUAUGACGUGUGGAUGAGCCACCCGGCAGACAUCGUGCACCCCAUGCUCUACAGCCAAGGCCCUGGCACCACCACGCUUGCCCCCUACCAGCCCCUGUGACCCCCUCUCCAAGCCAGGCCCUGCCGGAGCCCAGGGGUCCCUACAGACACAGCUCCUGGGGGGCUGGUGUGUGCCCCCUCACCGGGCACUGGGGCCAGGGGUCCCAGGUAGGAGCUGCUGGCAGGAGUGGGGGGUGCCCGGGGGUAGCCAGCCCCUGGCAGACAGUGGCAGGGUUUGUCUCUGGAGCAGAUGCCACCACUGCCCAUGACCCUGCCACAGUCCCAAGAGCUUCCCAGGGUCCCGGCUGUGGUGGCUGGGGGCAGCCCCAGGACUGGAAGGGGGCCUCAGAGACUCGGGGCCGGCGUAGCGCCGGGCAUGGCAGCCUCCUGCGGGCACAAUAAAGGCGAAAUAAUGCACUGAGUUCUGCCGCACCUCUGUGUGUGUGUGUGUGUGUGCAUGCAUGUGUGAGUGUGCCUGCAUGUGUAUGUUUGUGCAGGUGCAUGGGGGUGCUUAAGUGUGUGUACCCGCAGGUGGGUGUACAUGCACAUGUGU